GGGACGCACACUGUGAGCGCUGCGGCGGCGGCGGCAUUCACAGCGACUGCGCCACUGGAAACAACCCCACUUCAGAUUCCGACGAUGCUUGCAUUAAUCACUAAAAAACACACACAGCCAUUCUAUUUCGAAUCCCCGAAAUUUGAAUCCACGGCUGGACCUGUCUAUUCGACGUGGACAUCGGCUUUUUUUUUUGUGCCUUACAAAGGACGCCUGAAUUAGGGGACUGUUCCUCCCUCACGAAUGAUUUCUCUGGGAGCACAGGAGGAGGGUUUCAUGGCUCGUAUUGGAAAUUUUCGAUUGGGAAAAGUAACGACGUUAGUUGCUCUUUCAAAUUUUGAAUUACGGGUCCGCCGUUGUUCGGGAGAGCGACGGCCGCCGCGGACUUGGUGGGUACUAGGUUGAUAUCAGGAAUUGAUGAUGCAGCGGCUGCUUGAAGGUCACAUUCCGAUAUUCUUUCCAGCGAUCUGAAAAUAAAUUUUACCAUCUAUGUCUGAAGCUAUGGACAGUGCAUUCAGAGCUUGUGUCCCAUGUACACACUCGUGCUACAAUAAACACAGGAACAUUGCAGCAGAGUCGACUACUCCUUUCACAAGGCCCCCCUGCUUCCUCCUCACUGCCUCGGAUGUUUCAAGCAAUUGGACACCCGUUCCUAGGGAGUUCAGCGAAUCAUACGGUGAUGAUCUACGGGGCCCGGUGUCCUUUCACGGUGCAAAUGGGAAAGUGUGGUCAGUCGAAGUUGGUGGCCCAGCUAAAUUCUUGGGUUUCAAAGGUGGAUGGCGAAGUUUUGUUGCGGAUAACAGUCUGAAGCGGGGUGAUCAAGUCUUAUUUUUGCUUGUCUCGACCAAAACCUUCUCUGUAUAUGUGUUUAACAAACUAGGUGUAGAAACAAUACCUUCACCUUGUGUGACCCCCAUGCGUGCUGCUCCAAUGAGUGGAAAACGCAAGAGAGAAGACGUCAAUGAUGAAGCCGGCAUGAAUGUAAGAGUCAAAGACGAAGCUGAAGACUUAGAUGCCGAGUCGUCAGAUAUUAGUGAAUACGAGGCUUCUGACACUGACUCCUCAUCAGAGUCUGAGGACACGGAAGCCAGCCCUCAGCACAGUGGGGGAAAAGUUUACAACGACGAAGUAUGCUUCCCCGUGAAGAUGAAGGUGAGAAGAAAAUGUACAGCGAAAGUGAGUAGAGUUAAUGCACAUCCCACGAAGAAAUCUGUCGGAGGUUCAGCCGGGAAGGAUGGGAUGAUGUACGAAGCUGGAAGCUGCUCUAGAACCUAUGAGUCUCUUAGGCGCAAAGUUACCCUAGCAGAGCGGGAAAGGGCACUGGUAGCUGCCAAUGCCUUUGUAACUGAAGGCCCUAGUUGUCCUGUUGUCAUGAUGCCUUCUCAUGUUUACCGCGGAUUCUGGCUGACCAUUCCAGGAAAGUUCUCGAAAGCACACUUGCCAAACGAUAGAAUCAAUAUAAAACUCCAAGACAUCCAUGGCUUUCAGUGGUCCGCGUCAUGGAUCAAAAGCGACCAUCACACCGGGGUCAGCGGCGGAUGGGCAGCAUUUAGCCGUGACCACCGUUUGGAAGAGGGAGAUGUGUGUGUCUUUGAAGUAAUAGAUUCUGAGGACUGGACAAUUCUCGUCCAUAUUUUCAGGGUUGUCGAUGUUGAUCUCGCACCUGGAUCCCGUGGUGGAUGGGAUAAGAACUAUAGAAUUAUUCAGCCGAAGAUCCAUUAUCAUCCAAAAACUAGAGAAAAGCAUUUGACCAAGAAGACGAGUAGCGGAACUGCCAAGAGAAAUCUUACUGGUGCAAGUUAUUCGACGCCCUCUAGACGACAGAUGUCUAAACGCUAUAAAAAGGCACCUAAUCCUGAACAAUCCGAUGCUGAAGAUGACGAAGACGCUCUUCUCUCGACAUUGUGUAAAGGCAAUUCGGCUGCAGUGUCAGAUGUGGAGGAUGUCAAGCCCAAAAUUCUAUCCAUGGGCCCCAUCCCUCAGAUUGUGAAGGUUAAGCAAGAACCUAACCUCCCUGCAAUGUGCAACGUUAAACAAGAGUACGGCAUGUGCUCUGAGGACAUGAAACCAACUGCUGAAAAAUUAAAAGCUUCACUGAACUUGUCGCAACCGCCUCGUGAUCCCAUCUGUGAGAUAGUUAAAAAUGCAGGUGUACCAGCUGUUGCGAAGUCCGAAUCAGGAGCGACUGAGCCUUCUCUUAACAACGAUGCAAGGACAUGGUAUGCUGUUGUCCGUCUGCUCAACAAGCGUCAGAAUGAGGAAACAUCUGAGCUCGAACUUUUAGUGACCAUAAGAGCGUGUCCGCGCACAGCAGAAUCCAGCGGCGUUUCUACAGAUGGAAACGGAAACUGGUGGGUACCACGCAGCCAUUUCUCCCCUGACAUGGCUAGUUGCUACAUUGGCUAGAGUUAUCGCAUUAUAGCUAUGGCUUCCUAAAGGAUGCCUCCGAUGCUAGUUAAAUUAUGGAGGGUAACACCCACGUGUGGAGGCAGAUUGCUUAUCAUUUUUGUGAUGGCGGUUUCGGUUCUUUGAUGGUAUGUGGAAUUCUUGCCUUCGAAUCAGCUCCGCCAUUGACAGCAACCCAGUUACAAUUAAGAGGCUUGUUUGCAUCUUCAACCUAUCAUUGAAGAUGGGACACCUAUUCUUUCAUGUACUUUGGAUGGGAUCAUCUGUAAACAAUCUUGUGCACAUUUGCAUUUGAAUUAGUAGGUUCGACGUAGAGCA